AUGUGCUCCAAGAACUCCCACGGCGAGUCGUCUAUUGUGCCAGUGCUGAGAAAGGGAAGUGCCGUUGUCGCGACUCGGGCACACAUGCACUACGUUGUCACCGAAUACGGCAUCGCCUACCUGUUUGGCAAGUCCCUGCGCCAACGAGCCCACGCGCUCAUACAAAUCGCCCAUCCCGACUUCAGUCGUCUUACAUUCCUACUGUCCCUUCUUUUUACCCUUCAUUCUUCGUUAGCUCUACCAUUUUUUGCUAGUAGUAUUAUUCAUGCUAUUGCCUAG